AUGUUUGCCUUACACGAUAAAUUAGUUAACGAUUUUUUUGGAUUCUCAAAAGAUGAUGUUUCAUCAUCGGAUUUUAGUUUGAUCCCAAGACAAAGUUUGUUUGAUUUCCCAUCAGACAGAUUUUUUGAUAACUUGUGGUCUGUUCCAGACACCUUCAAGACUUUAGGAUCGGGCAGUGAUGUCAGAUACCAAGAAGAGAAGGAUCAAUACCUUGUGAGCUUUGAUGAAAAACAUAUUCAGGAUAAAAACUUCGACAUCAAUUUUGCCAAAGACAGGAACGAAUUGACUAUAAAAAUUGAAGACAAGAACGGGGAAAACUAUUCAAAUUAUGUCAACAGUUAUGUCUUUGAUAAGGCUGUUAACCCCAAUGAGAUAAAUGCUUCAGUUAAUGAUGGAAAAGUAUUGAUUUCAAUUCCAAAAGUCGCCAAAGAUGCUGAAAACAUAGUUAAUAUCAAGAUCAAUGGUAUUGAAAGACCAAUGAUAGAUUCUAAAGAGCAUGGACUCAGAGAGGAAGGUAAGUAG